AUGAACAAUCGGCCUGUGGAACAGGCAUUGAGCACGUUGGUGCCAACCCAUGCCAAUGAUCUCCCGCAAGAACUCCUGAGCUAUGCAAUGUCCCUAGUCGCACAGUCCCGAAGCUUCUCAAGCAGUCUGAAACCCGAGGAGGAAAUCGCUCGACCAUAUGCCUGUGCGGAAAUCGCCUGCAAAAGGUUGUCAAGAAGUCUCAAACUGCCUCCACUGCUCGGACGUCCGCCAUGUCCUCCGCGCAUAUACAAAAAGCUUUAUGCAUACCUUGACCGGUCUCUUACAGCGAGCUCUGCCAAUAUCAAACGUUCAGCGAGUGUGUCAGUCCCUGGAACACCCUCGCGCGCCCGUUCAACACAGACUACACCGUCGAAGAGUCCCGCGACUAGGGGCACCCCAUCCAAGGCAGUCGCACCAACCCCGAGAGGGCUACAAAACACGCCCUCGAGAUCAACACCUUUAAAGCGAAGCAUGAGCACCGCCAAUCUGCUCGACAGUCCCUCCAAAACGGCAAGGAAGGCUUCAACCACUCGGGCCCCGAAUGUUCAAGAAUCAACAAUCAUUCCAGAUGCUCCGGCUUGGGUCAUGACAGCCAUCCGGACAGUGUGUAAGAUCCUUUCAACGCCUGCUCCGCGCACAAAUACCUGGUCCAGGCCUCCGAUUUCGCGUACUUUGCCUCCGCACAUCUUUUCCGGCGUCUCGUCUGUGCUCUAUAUUACGUCGAGCAUGUCCAACGACGAGAAGGGAUGGGACCGGGAGAGCCUUGAUUUCCUGGAGCCUAUCGUAAGUAUCGAUGGCUCCGACAAGGACGAUGAUUUUAAAGAACUUGUCUACGCUCUGGUUGUGGCAGUAUAUUUCCUUGUGCUCGCCCGCCGGCGUAACCCCGGGCCGGAUGAAGAAGCAGAUAUUGAUGCGCAGAAGAUGGAAAAGAAGACCUAUAUUGAAAUGCGCCAGACGGCAUUGAAUAGCCUUGGAUUGAAGAAUGACCGGAGGCAUCGCGAUGAUGUUGAUCAAUGGAUCAGUCUCAUCAUGAAGCACAGCUGGGCCGAUGGUCAAGAAUGGUUUGAGAACAUCCCGUAUGCCGGACAUCUCUUUGGUGAAGACGAAGAAGGCAGGUCGUACCAAGAUAUGGAUGAGGAGGACGCAGUACUUAGGGGUGUUAAGCUCCCCAAACGUUUUGCAGCUGGAGGUGGCACUCGUACCUCUCAGUCCGAUCAAGCUCCGCGGGGCGGCCUUUUGCCUGGCCUGGGGACAAUGAUGCAGGAUCGGGUUGACUGGCUGAGUGACGAUCGUCGAGAGGAUUAUGUAGAGUGGAAAGCGGGUAUCAUGGCUCGCAUUGAAGGUGCAGCUGCAUGA